AUUGCUGCGCUCUUUGCACGCUUAACGCCGCGCUUCAAGAUUUUUCGUAUUGUUCUGCCGCGCCUGCGCCUACUGCAAGUCGACUGCGCUGCUGCGUAAGGAGCUGCUGGAAGUGGAACUGGAAGUGCAGUCGUCGCGACGACGCAUUUGUUUAUUUGUGUAAAUUUCCUGCUUGCCGUUGCCAGCAAGGCGAAGGAGGGCAGGGGAAGCAAACGGAAAUGCAGCGAAAAGGAAAUCAAACGUUUGACAAACGGAAAUUGAAUUGUGCGCGAGUGAGAAAUUAAUUGAAUCAAAACAGCAAACGGCAAUACUUAAGCAAAACGCCAAAUCAAACAGUACAAAAAAAAAAACAUAAUAAUAAUAUGUAUGUGUGCGUGUCUGUGUGUGUAUAAUAACAAUAAAGUAAGCCGUGGUUAGUUACGCUUAGCGUCAACAAUAGCCGCUUGCAUUGAUUUAUAGCCCGAGUGUAAAUAAUUGCCACAAAUGAAUUUAAUUCAGACGAAAUUCCUGCAUUGAUGCGCGAUUUGGACAUUUUCACAACUGACUCGAUUCCACACACACACACACACACACAAAGGCCGCAUUUAUUGACUGAAUUUUUAGACUUUGUGACACCCCUCGAAUAUUUAAUUGUAAUAUGGACACCGGAAGCGUGGUUAGUGAGCCGAUUUCCGCGCAUCAUCGCGCCUUUGCCAAACAGAAAUCGGCCUCAAUGACUAUACUCAACCCAAAGAGCUGCGCCAGUGCGGCCAAGUACAGUCUGCACUCGGCGUCAGAGAACAAUCACGAGACGCAGCUGCAUUUGAGCAGCGCCUCGUCGCAUUGCUCCACGACGGGCAGGAGGCGCAAGGGCGGAUCUCUGGGCGGAACGCUCUCCUCUCGCUCCACACGCAGCGAGUCGAAGGAGCUGCGCUCCGCUCUGCAGGAUCGCGAGGCGGUCAUACAGAACUUACGCAUUCAGCUGUGUCUGGGCAAGCUGCCACGCCCCAGUGGACCGCCCCUCGAUGAGUCGGAGAAGCCAGCGGCGGAGCAUAAGCUGAAUCGGCUGAAGGCCGAGGCGGAGAACAAACGCAUCAAAAUCAAGAACUUGAAGAGCGCGCUGGAGAAGCUGGACAUCACAGACAACAUAGAUAUACGAAUCCGCCAGGCGGAGCUGGAGUAUGCGCUGGGUCGUGAGGAGCUGCAGAUGCUCUCGAUUGUGGAGGAAGCGCGUGCGCUGCAGGCUCGCUUGGAGAAGUCCAAGCCGGAGGCGCAGACCCUCUACAACAUCAUCAGCUCCGGCGUAACAUUGAGUCUGCACGCCGUGCACGCUACGUCCGGACGCUGGGCGGCCCAGCAGCGGCCCGAUCAGCCGGGCUUCUUCGUGGAGUGGGCGCUCGAGGGCGACGGACUGUACAAGGGCGAUCGCAUCCUGGAGAUCAACGGACGACUCGUGACUAGCAAGACCAAAGAGGAGCUGCAGAAGCACGUGGGCAACUCGGGCAAAUGCCAGAUGGUUGUGCUGCGCAAGAAGUCUGUGCCCAUACCACAGAAGCAGCUGGACCAGGAGAAGGAGAACAAUAUGCGUCUGCAGCAUCGCAUCUCCUACCUGGAGGAACAAGUGCGCGAGCUGCAGACGGUGAAGGAGCAACAGCAGCAUCAGCACGCCCAGCAACAACAGGCGAAGCCACAACUGUCCGCCCAAUCGAAUAGCGCCCAUGUCACAAGCAUUAGUAUAUCGUCGCCACCGUCGCCCUCGACGCCGCCGGACAAGCCGCUGAUCUUCCAGAGGGGCAACUACAUCACCACGCUCGUGGGCGGCAAGCCGAUCGAGCUGGUGGGCGAUGAGCUGCUGCCGCCGUCGCACGUCACCAAGACCCUGAUCAAGGAGAACACACACAUCGAUCUGCGCGAGCGCCUGCCCCAGGCGCAUCUCUAUGCGAUGCCAUCCAAGUCGCUCUCCGCCUCCAAGAUAUCCAUCAACAGCGACUCCGCCUACAUGCAGCAGCCCCAGAAGCGCGAGAAGGAGCGACAGCGCGACCGAUACGAGCGCAACAGGGAGAGGGACAGACCGAGGGACGCACUGCAGCAGCAGCAGCAGCUACACAGGGAGCACAUCAUGAGCGCGCAUGCGCGCAGCGUGGAGCACCUCAAUCAAUACAAUGGUCUGGAGCGACGACGCGACACGCCACGCCAGAACGAGGCGCAGACCCUGCGAGCCGCUCGCCCGCCCAGCGAUGUGCGCAGCGUGAAGUCGCUCGACUUUGACAGCGAAAACGAAUCGAAGCCCGCGACGGGCAGCCGCGCCGUCCAUCGUCCCACGCCGCCCAAGAAGCCGCUGCGUCUGUCGCUGCAGCGCGCACAGAGCCUGCAGACUGUGGAGCUGAAUCCCUGCUCGGAGCACGUGGAUCGCAAGCGGCCCAUGAAGCGCGUCCAUCACAAUAGCAGCGCCAGCGGCGGCUCCUCGCCCAGCGAGGAGAAUCAGAGCCAGAGCCAGAGCCAGGCACAGGCUCAAGGCAGUCCCAUGCACACAGCCUCGCUGGGCAGGCACAAGCUCAUCUGAGCCACAAACCCGAUCGGACUUAGGCUAUCUUUCUAUAUAUAUACUUUUCUGGGCAAGCAGCUGCUCUGCAGCUGGAGACCCCAACAGGCGGACAUGUGCAAAAGAAACCUAAUUUAAAAUGUAAUUUGUGAAACUUUCUCAUACACAUAUAACUGUAGCUAUAUCUAUAUCUGUAUCUGUAUCUAUAUCUAAAUC